AUGUUUGUCGUAAUUCCAGAUUGUAGUUCUGUUGAGACGUUUUAUUGGAGGUGUGCGUCGGGGUCUGCUACGAACAUUUUUGUCGCACGAUUCAAAGCGACUGAGUGUCGUUGUCCUUUAAGAACAGGAGUUGGUCUGAGGAAUUUGAGUUUGUUCUCAUUAAUCCAGGCAAACGCCCCAAUUGUGGUUGAAAAAUUAUCCCUACGGAAGUUUUCUGGGCGUUGCACGACAAUGAAGUCACCUACGACUAAUAAGAAUUGA